UGUAAAAUUAUAAUAUGAGAGAGAGGUGAGAGGUUCUUUAAAAGUUGGUGGUGUUAAAAGUGAAUGAAGAGGAGUGUAGUAUUGGAAGCAGCUAGCUAGCACACUCUUUGGUUCAGUGAUGGCUUUCACACUAGACAGGUGUGAUGAUAACAUGGUGUUCACUAUGGAGUCUCAGAAGUCAGUGCCAGCUCCCUUCCUGACAAAGACAUACCAACUUGUUGAUGACCCUUGCACUGACCACAUUGUGUCUUGGGGUGAUGAUGAAACCACAUUUGUUGUGAGGAGGCCCCCAGAGUUUGCUAGAGAUCUUCUUCCCAACUAUUUCAAGCACAACAACUUCUCAAGCUUUGUUAGGCAACUAAACACCUAUGGUUUCAAGAAAGUAGCAGCUGAUAGGUGGGAGUUUGCAAAUGAAUACUUUAGAAAAGGAGCAAAGCACCUUCUAUGUGAAAUCCACAGGAGGAAAACCCCUCACCACUAUCAACAACACUACCACAUGCAUGACCAUCCACCAUCACAGCUUCUUCAGCCAGAAGAGAAUCUGUGUUGGAUUGAUGCUCCUCCUUUACCAUCUCCUAAACCAGGCACUGAUAUCCUCACAGCACUUUCUGAAGACAACCAAAGGCUGAGGAGAAAGAACUUCAUGCUCCUAUCAGAACUCACUCACAUGAAGAAUCUAUACAAUGACAUCAUAUAUUUCAUCCAAAACCAUGUGACUCCUGCUUCCUAUGAACAAAGAAGCAGCAGUGCUAUUUUGAAGCUGGUGGAAUUGGAUUCAUCACCUCAAUCACCAAAUGUUGUUGUUAGACCAGCUAAGGGUCAUGUUAUGGAAAAGUCUUUGAUGAUAAGUUCUAGUGAAGAGGCUAAUAGUUCUGUGAAGCUCUUUGGUGUUCCUCUUUGCGGCAAAAAGAGAGUGCACCCUGGUGACCUUGAUCAACAAUAGUCAGAAGUUCACAUGAUCAUUGUUAGUUAGUAUUGGACAUGUCUGAUUGAUUUUGUUGACAUUUGAAGAGAAGCAUGUAUAGAAGAGGCUUGUGUUCAGAUUAACUAGACUACUGUUGUUUCUUUAGAAUUUUCCAUUGGUUCAUAUGUUCCUCAAAAGAAAAAAAAAAAGUAGAGCAGUUGUUUUUGCUUAGUUUGGAGUCAAAACUCAAAAUUAAUUAAUAAUAGCUUGUU